UUCUCUCUCAUUCUCUUCUCCACACCUCCUAGUAUCUCUGAAAGUAUAAGGUGAUCACGAUGAAAUGCGCGGGAUGUGGGGAGAAAGAAGCUUCUCGGUUGGAAUGUCCUAAUUGUAAAAAAUUGGGGAUCAGUGGUUCUUUCUUCUGCGAUCAAGAAUGUUUUAAAAGGAACUGGUCACAACAUAAGAUGUUACAUGACAUCGUCAACAUAGCUGCUAAAGCUGAAGAAGAGAAACUAUCAACCUUACCCCCAAACAUGGUCAACUAUCAAUUUACAGGCCCGCUGAGACCUGUGUAUCCGUUAAGUCCAAAGAGAUUGGUGCCACCUCAUAUCGCCCGACCGGACUAUGCGGAUCAUCCCCAGGGAAUGUCCGCGUGCGAGAUGGUCAGGGAAAAAUCAGUGAAGAUUCUCAAUAAGGAAGAGAUAGAAGCUAUGCGAACAGUUUGCCGAUUAGCACGUGAAGUUCUCGAUUUAGUCGCUUCUCACAUCCGACCAGGAAUCACCACCGACGAACUUGACGCCAUAUGUCAUCAAGCAUGCAUAGACAGGGACUCAUAUCCCAGUCCGUUGAACUAUGGUCGGUUUCCUAAAAGCAUAUGUACGAGUGUAAACGAGGUGAUAUGUCAUGGGAUCCCCGACCAGAGACCUUUGGUAGAAGGGGAUAUCAUCAAUUUGGACGUAACGUUAUUCCACAAAGGCUUCCACGGCGAUCUGAAUGCCACUUAUCCCGUAGGGAAGAUCGACCAGGAGUCCGCGGAUCUGAUAGCUUACACCAAGAAGGCGAUGGACGAAGCUAUAGCCAUGUGUAAACCUGGUUUGGCUUAUCGGGAGGUGGGGAACAAGAUCGAGGAGGUCGUAAAACCUAUGGGAUAUAGCAUUGUCAGGCGGUACACCGCACAUGGGAUACAUCAAUUGUUUCAUACCGCCCCUCAUAUCGUUCAUUACGGAGGGUCGAAAAUGGCGGGGAGGAUGGAAGUGGGACAGGUGUUCACGAUAGAACCCAUGAUCAAUCUCGGCACGGCCAAUCUGGAUCAUUGGAAGGACGACUGGACAGCCGUCACCUUGGACGGCAGACGGUCGGCUCAAUUCGAAGAGACUAUUUUAAUCACUGAGACAGGCGCCGAAAUCCUCACCCGUCCACCCGCCUCCACCGCCUCGAAAAAAAAGAAAAAGAAGAAAGCGAACGGCUCUUCCACCGCUGGAAAUAGUACUCCAGAUGGGGGUGCCUCAACACCUGUAAAUGGUGUGGCAGAGUUGGUCAUUAAUGACAAAGUUGAGUAAUCACCGCGCAAGUCUCUUGUGUAUCUUCUCCUCAGUUCGGCAAGUCGCAUCAUUCCCAAGGUCACAUCGAGUCCAGUGUCCAUCAUGCUUUCCUAUCUUACCAAUUUUAGCAAAAUCUGGAGUUCAAUCAGUUUUGUUUCUGUACCUAGCAUAUGCAUGUCAUUCUUCGGGU